AUUGGAUACUAGCGGGAACAUCGCAGCGACAACCAGUGCGCAGACAGAUUCUCCAUCCCUCCAGGAAGCGCAUCUUCACUUGCAUGAUACCGCUGCCGCGCUGCCACGCACGUGCGGCCAUCCUCUCUUUCCUCGUACUUCCUUGGAUCCGUGCGAUGGAGCCAUACCCGCACCUGUACCAUCCGUGUGUGUCGACCUCGUGUCCAGCCGCGUGCGUCGUCAAUUCCGCCACAGACACAUCCCCAGUAUGCGUCACACCAGGCCCAAUCGACCAGAAUCCCAUCGGCGUGUCCUUCAAUCUCGCCGCGAUCCCAGAACCCGUGCUGGGCAUCACCAUGACCAACGACACUAUCAAUGCCACGCACUUCUUCGGCAUCCCCACCCGUCGAGGGAACUUGGAGUUUCUCAAUGUAUCAGGCGUCCCCAACCUCAACACCAUAAUCAUUCGGUUUGUGAAUAUGGCCCAUACAAACGUGGAGAAAUGGAUUGUCCCGCCUACCGUGGCCACCUUGCUGCUGUUCAAUUGCAGCCUCGUGAACUUUCCAAACUUAACCGACACAGACUGGCCCAGCCUCACCUACUUAGAUAUGUCCAACAACACUGACCAACUCCGCACCAAGUUGGAAGUAGAUCAAGGCGGCGAAAUCGCACUUCGAUUUCCAUUCCUGCAGCAAUUGGGGGGCAUUGGGCUCAGUGCCUUGGGCCUCCGCAGCAUCCCCAAGUUCAUCUUCAAGCUACCGAAACUAACUCGCCUGUUUGUCCGCCACAAUAACUUCACCCUGAUCUCGUUAUCCCUGGCCGAGUACCAGUUUCUAACUAAGCCAGGCAUGGACCUGCAUAUCCACACGUUUCCAAAAACCCCUGGGCGGGACUACGGCGAUUGGUCGGGCGAGUCGCUGCCCAACUGCCCCGAGUCGCCAGUUAUUUCCAUCGUGUACAACAGCUCCAACGGAGAAAACUGGUCUGUGUGCGUCGACGACCCGGACUCGGCGACUCAGAUCGCAGCGAUCGUGCUGGCGUGGACCGUUCUGUCUGGCAUGGCCGUGGCGGUCGUGUACUUGGUGGUCAUGAAGGUCGUGCGUCGCCAUCGUCAUCGUCAUCGCGGGCUUUUCGACUCGGACGCUGCCACGUCAUCGGUCACCGUCGCGCCGCCAUCGCUGUUCCACUGGACAACCUUUCGCGACCUCGUCACCCCUGCCAAACCAGCCACCACCACUACCACAAGCGCAACUACCAUCAUCAGUUCAAGUGCGUACCCGGCGAUCGAAUCAGAUGUGACCAACGACACUGUCUCGACCGAGUUGGAUGGAUGGCUACUACGCCAGCAAUGCCUUCUCCGUCCCCACAUGUUGGAGUGGACGGAAGUUGAGUAUAAAGUCCGGCUGUACCACUCCAAGCAAGAUGGCAUCUGGACCGACUCGACCUCGGCCACUGACGUGAUGGAAGUAUGGAAAGGCUCGUACCGUGCGCAGCUGGUGCUUGUGAAGCGGGUGUCGGGGUCGGAGCUAUCGCUGCGCGUAUUUGCGCGACAAGUGGAGCGACUGGUCCGGUUCCAACACCCGCGUAUCACGGCGCUGGUGGGCGUGACGUGGCAGCCCCACAGCCUCGCGCUCGUGUGCGCCGACGACGAGCUGGUUGUGGACCUCAAGCAAUGCAUCCCCCACAUCCCCACGGCUGAAGUGCAGGGACAGGUGGCGUCGCACAUUGCAGCGGGUCUGCGGUACCUUCACAGCACAGCCCAAGUGCACGGCAACUUGAGCUCGUCGUCGGUGGUGGUGGACGCUGGAUUUAGCGCACUUUUAAACCGCCUGGACCUGGUACCGUGCGACGUGUCCAAGCUAGGAAUGGCCCAUCAGACGCUGUACAUUGCGCCCGAAGUGCUCAGCGGCGGCCCGCACAGUGUCGCAGCCGACGUUUACUCGUUUGGCAUUUUACUCGCCGAACUCGACACGGGCGAGAGUGUCUACCACUUUCUAAAUCGCACUGCCCGAUGCAUUCCUGGCCGCCACGAUAUGACAGUGUCACAGCUGCUGCCGCUGAGACAGGCGCUGACGUUCAAUCGAGGAUCGCUGCAACCUGCGAUUGUCAUGUGUCUGCAGGAUGACCCGAGGAGUCGACCCCCUGUCAGCUAUUUGAUGAACCUUUGGACCUAGCCACGAUGUUGAUUAUGUAAUAAUAUACUUCAUAUUAAUAGUA